ACUACAUCAAACAUGUGCAUUUGACAUUAAGGUCAUCCUUCUCCAGACGGUGGUCUCACACAGACAGAAAGGCUUGUUGUGUAACUAAUAGAGAGCUUUAGAGUAGCGGUGUGUAAAUACAUAUUAGGGGACAGUGGGUUGUGUUGUUAUGUUCAUUAAUACAUUCUUGUGCGGAUUGGGGCAAGAGAGUGAGAGAGCUUUACAUAAUUGCAUGCAUGCUUUUUCACGUGAAAUGCCCCUUUAAAAGUGGGAUCAGUUAGGUUAGAGGCACAUUGUAAAGCAAGCGGACAGUGAAGAGUAAGUAGAUCUGUGAUUUGCGCUUUACUGGUGUGAAAAAUCGCACUGAAGAUGGUGUCUUCCUACCCUUUACCGGAUGGCUUCUCAGACUUUGAUGUAUUCUCUUUGGGAUCUUGUCUGCUAGUGGAGGGUCUUCUGGGAUUCUUCCUGAAUGCUGUGACAGUCGCUGCUUUCCUCAAAAUAAGAGAACUGAGAACCCCCAGCAAUUUCCUAGUCUUGAGUUUGGCAUUGGCCGAUAUGGGCAUCUCUACGAACGCAACCAUUGCUGCUUUCUCCAGUUUUCUGAGGUACUGGCCCUAUGGCUCUGAUGGCUGCCAGACUCAUGGCUUCCAGGGUUUCGUGACAGCUCUCGCCAGCAUCCACUUUAUUGCUGCCAUUGCAUGGGACAGAUACCACCAGUACUGCACAAGGACAAAGCUACAGUGGAGCAGUGCCAUCACUCUGGCUAUUUUCAUCUGGCUGUUCACCGCCUUCUGGUCAGCCAUGCCCCUCAUCGGCUGGGGAGAGUAUGACUACGAACCCCUCAGGACAUGCUGUACCCUGGACUACAGCAAAGGAGACAGCAACUAUACAUCCUACCUGAUCCCCAUGGCCAUUUUCAACAUGGCCAUCCAGACCAUUGUUGUCAUGUCCUCCUACCAGUCCAUCGGCCAGAAAUUCAAGAAGACUGGAAACCCCAGGUUUAACACUUCCACUCCCCUGAAGACAUUUUUGUUCUGCUGGGGACCCUAUGGAGUCCUUGCCUUCUACGCUGCUGUUGAGAAUGCCAACUUGGUCUCUCCCAAAAUUAGGAUGUUGGCUCCUAUUCUGGCAAAGACCUCUCCCACCUUCAACGUUUUCGUGUACGCCCUGGGCAAUGAGAACUACAGAGGAGGCAUCUGGCAGUUCCUCACUGGGGAAAAGACUGAAGUGCCUCAAAUUGAGAACAAGUUCAAAUAAACUAAGCAUGUGAAAAUCACACACAAACUGUCUUCUUGGUUUUCCAAAAGGUACGAAUGUUGUUGUAGAUUCAUUAAAGUCACUGGACCUGGCCUUCAGUGUGUGUGUGUGUGUGUGUGUGUGUGUGUGUGUGUGUGUGUGUGUGUGUGUGUGUGUGUGUGUGUGUGUGUGUGUGUGUGUGUGUGUGUGUGUGUGUGUGUGUGUGUGUGUGUGUGUGUGUGUGUGUGUGUGUGUGUGUGUGUGUGUGUGUGUGUGUGUGUGUGUGUGUGUGUGUGUGUGAGGCAUUUUAGUCUGGGGUUAACAUGGAGUGUUGUGUUUGUUCUGGCAUUGGGAUAUAUUUAUGUUCAGUCUCUAGUUUAGGAUGAGCAGUAGACACACGCCAUGCCAGACUGGUGAAAAACUAUAUUAUUAGGUAUUGAUAUUAUAAAUUAUGACAUAUAAUGAUGAAUUCCUGUCCAGCUCAAAUAGCCAAGAACAUAAUUUCUCUAAAUGGACUAAAAUACAUAUAUAUUUUUAACACUUCUUUAGUCGACAGGUAUAAUGAAUGCUUCAUCACUUUAUGAUGUCUUGUUAUCAUCUACAGACAAUUCCUUCGACCUCAUGGCUUGCUUUUUGCUCUGACAUGCACUGUCAACUGUGGGACCUUAUAUAGACAGGUGUGUGCCUUUCCAAAUCAUGUCCAAUCAAUUGAAUUUACCACAU